CACAUCCAAGUAGGCCUGUGUGUAGGCGUGCAAACACACUCUGUGGCUCAAACAUUUCAACACACACACCUUCUCUUUGUAGGACCAACUUCUCAUUUUUCCUCGAGAAAAUAAGCACAUGACGCAAUAAACAAAAUGAAGUUACUCUUAAGUUAUUUGGCAUCUCUCCAACCCCACCUCUUUUGCAGUUAACAAAACUGUUUUACGAAGAAUUUGAUACUCUGAGGGGAAGAGAAAGGGAGGGGGAGAGAAAGAAGGGAGUGAACAGGAGGGAGCGAGCGAGCGAGAGAAAGGUGUUUUGGACAUGUACUAGUGCACGAGAUGUCAUUCACACAGUACAGGAGUUAAAGCAUGUGCCUUUAAGGUGGAUUCACAAUUUCAAUCCACUCGUUUUCUCCAUGCAACAUGUGGUAACAGUCAAAUGGAUGGUGACAUCGUGGACAAGAAGAAACAACAAAAAGUAGUGUUGGUAACUUCCUUAAUUUUUUAGGUCUCAUGCUUUUUUUAGUUCACCGUCGCUGCCACCUCUCACGCUACCCUUGAAAUAGACAGCUGAUAUACAGAAAAGUAGAGUGAAGUGCAGGGGAGGAGGAAAGCUGAAGUGCGAGAGAGGAAGAGAAGGGCUGUGUCUUUCCGGUCUAUUUGCACCCAAGGACACCCUGGUGAACAACAAGCUCAGCAACCAGGAGAGACAGCAAGAGAACAGAAGUUUGACUAUGUAAGAGCACUUCAUAUGCCUAACACUCAGUCAAACCUUAGAUUAUUAACAAAGGCAAGGCCUGAAAGAAAGGGGAAUUCCGAGAGCAGUGAAGAUCAAAGCCUGACACACAAUCGUAGUCAGACCAAGAACCCCGGUACCUGAUGACGGAUACCGCUUUUCUUUUCUAGAGUGUACAUUUUUCUGCUCUAGACUUGUAAAACAAACCUCCAAUAUCUUUCAAGCCACAACACUGUCGCUGAUGCACCUCAGAAAGAGGAAGACAAACGUAAUCUGAGAGAUCAGCAAAACCCUUUAGGGACGGUUGACCUCUGUGACCCCUCUCACUUCUUGCCCAGUAUGGAGCGGAUACGGCUGAUGCUUGGGGCUCUGCUCCUCUCCCUCUCUCUGCCCAGUCUCCCUGCUCAAGAUAAUGUCACUGUCACUGUACCUGAGAAUGUCACCAUGGCAGCACCUAUUAAUGAGGAAGUCACGAUGGCAGCCUCUACACCGGAGGCCACCAUAGAGACAACGUCUGUUCCUGUGGUCAUCACUAGGGCACAGCCUGCCCCUGAAAUUAUCACCCCGGUAACUGCUAUUCCGAAAGUAACUUCUGUUUCAGUACCUACCACUGAUGCCAUCACUAUGGUAAUAACAAACCCUGAGAUCACCAGCGUUCAGGAGUCCACAUCUGAUGCACCAACUACUACUUCAGAGGCUGAGACAAUGACACCUUCCCCUGUGACCACUGAAGGGCCUAUAGACACGACCACUGCACCUGGCCCUAAACCCACCCUCUCCCAAGACGUCCUUACAACCGCCUCUUAUCUCCCAACCACUUCCCAGGACCACCUGACUUCUGUUAUCCCAGUCUGGCCCCUCCACACCACCCCUCGUCUGACGGAGGACUCCACUUACACACCUGAACCUACACCUGCCUCAGAGAUUACUGUCUGCCACACAGAGGGACUUACCACUGCACCCACCUCCCCAUCGGUCAAUGCCGCCCCCGGCCAUGCCACGACCCCCACUACCACCCACACCUCCACAGAUCCAGACUCUACGGUGGCUGGGGUCAGAGUGGAGACAGGUCAGCCCAGCUUGUUAUGGGUCAUCAUCGUCGCUCUCCUGAUCGGGGUUAUAUUCGCGGGCGUGGUCUACUGUGUAUGUCUGGUCAUCAGACGAAAGAAGCAGAGCCGCACCGAGCACUUUGUGUCCAGCUUCCGGAACGGGAAGAGUUCCAAGCGGAAGAAAGGGGCGGAGGAAGACGCCUGGGCAGGGCCAGUGAAGCUAGGGGGUGGGGACAGGGAGGAGGAUGAGGGUGGGGAGGAGGGAGGGAGCCCAGAGGACAACAAGAGAGAGGGGGCUGGAACGGAUGUGGUGCUGAGCACAUUCAUAGCCAACGAGACUGAGGGAGAGAGGGGUGGGCCUGAUGGGGGAGUAGGAGUGGCUGGGAGCAAGGAGGCAGAGAAAUGGGAGGAGAAGGAGCCUCUGCUGUACAUUGAUGAGGGAGUGGAGGAGGGACAAGAGAGGAUGGCUCCUCCUUCACUUUCAAAAUCGAACCCAGAAAAGACAGGAGGGGAAAGAGGGGAGGGGGAAAAUGAAAAAGAAAUGGAGAGGGGAGAAGGGAAUGGAAAUAAAUCAAAUUAGAGUGAAAGAGGUAAGAAGAAUGGAGGAGCGGCAUUCUGUCUAACCACUGCAGUUUAAAAAUAGUUUUUCUAUGUGAUAAUGUAAAAGUUACUUUGUACUACUGAAAAGGCCUUUGACAUUGUAUGUAUCUGUGAUUGUGUGCUCUGUCAACAUAACUCAGGGAAGAUAGAAGUGGUUGUGUGUCACAAGUUUUACCCUUGGUAUUUUGUAUGCUGUGUUUAAUAAAAUGUGUUUAAUAAAGUU